AUGCUUCGUAAAACAGUCCGCCAGCGGAGAGACUAUCUCUACCGCAAGGCGAUGAUCCUCAAGGAAGCCGAGAUCAACGAGAAACGCGCCAAGCUGCGCAACGCCAUUGCGCAGGGCCGGCCGCUCGAAAAGGCCGUUGCCAGCGACAAGAAACUGCGCAAGGACUUUGCCUACGACGAAUCGCGCGAGGACCUCGAUGCCAACGCCCAGCUCGACAUUGACGACGAGUACGCCCAGAUGAGCGGCCUGGUCGACCCGCGCAUCCUCGUGACGACGUCGCGGUCGUCGUCGACGCGCCUCACGGCCUUCAGCAAGGAGAUCCGGCUGCUGAUCCCGACGUCCAUCCGGCUGAACCGCGGCAACCUCGUGCUCGACGACUGCGUGCGCUCCGCCAACUCGGCGGGCCUGACCGACAUUGUGCUCCUGUCCGAGCACCGCGGCACGCCCACCGGCCUGGUCGUCUCCCAUCUCCCCCACGGCCCGACCGUGUCCUUCUCGCUCCACAACGUGCUCAUGCGCGGCGACAUCCCCGGCAGCAUCCGCGGCAGCGUGUCCGAGGCGUACCCGCACCUCAUGUUCGAGGGCUUCACCAGCCGGCUGGGCGAGCGCGUGUGCAAGGUGCUCAAGCACCUGUUCCCGCCGCGGGAUCCGAUCACAAGCAAGACCAAGCUGUCGAACCGCGUGGUGGUGUUCAAGAACAUUGAGGAUGUCAUCGAGGUGCGGCAUUACGUGUACGUGCGGACGGCACACGACGCCGUGGAACUGUCCGAGGUUGGCCCGCGCAUGUCGAUGAAGCUGUUUGAGAUCCGCAGCGGCACACUGGAGAACAAGGACGGUCACGUCGAGUGGCACCUGAACCAGUUUACGCGGACCAGCCGCAAGAAGGACUACUUGUGA